AUGUCGUUCCCCACUGACUCGCACGUGGGGGCUGGGCUGUUAGACGGGACCCCGAGCGUCCGGUCCCUUCUCCGCAGGGCGACUUCAGCCAGGACCCUCUCUGGGCCGCUCUGCGCCCGCAGCCCUCGUGUCUCCCCAGAUGAUGUGGCUGUAAUAUUCACCCUGGAGGAGUGGGCUUUACUGAACCCUUCACAGAAGAAACUCUACAGAGAUGUGAUGUGGGAAACCUUCAGGAACCUGGCCUCCAUAGGGAAAAAAUGGGAAGAUCGCGAUAUUGAAGAUCAGUACAAAAGCCAGGGACGAAAACGAAGAAUUCUUGCAUUAAAGAAAAUCUGUGAAGAGAAAAAUGAUAGUCAAUGUGGAGAAAAUGUCAGUCUUACUCCAAAUCUCAAUCUGAACAAGACAUCUCUUCCUGGAGUAAAGCCAUAUGACUACAGAGCACGUGGGGAUGUCUUCAUGGAUCAUGCAUCUCACAAUAGGCAAAUCAGAUGUCACACUGGACAUGCAUUCUCUCAGGAUCGGAAAUAUGGAGAGAAGCCAUAUAAAUGUAGCAUAUGUGGGCCAGCCUUUAGUUCUCUUCAGUACUUUGAAAAACAUGAAGGAACUCGCAAUGUAGAGAAAAACUAUAAAUGUAAGGAAUGUGGGAAAACCUUCACGGGGCUCAAAAUCCUCCAAAAACACAUGAUUACACAUACUGCACAAACUCUUCAUAAAUGUAAGGUGUGUGGGAAAACCUUUAGUUCUUUAACUUCCCUUCAAUCAUGUGAGAGAGCCCACACUGGAGAGAAUCUCUAUACAUGUAAACACUGUGGGAAGGCCCUUAGAAAUUAUCGAAGUUUUCAAAGACAUGAAAGAAGUCACACUGAAGAGAAGACCUAUGAAUGUAAGUUAUGUGGGAAGGCCUUCAGAUAUUACAGCUCCAUAGAAUCACACAAAUGGACUCACACAGCAGAAAAACCCUAUGAGUGUAAGGAAUGUGGAAGGUCAUUCAAACAGUACAGUUCCUUACAAACACAUAAAGAGGCUCACACAGGACAGAAAUCCUAUGAAUGUAAACACUGUGGCAAAGCCUACAGUUAUCUCAGCUCCCUUCAAGUACACAUGAAGAUGAUCACUGGAAAUACUCCUUUUCAGUGUAAGGAAUGCGGGAAAGCAUUCACCCGACUUAGCUGGUAUCAAAGACAUGAAAGAACUCACACUGGAGAGAAACCCUAUGGAUGUAAACAAUGUGGUAAAACCUACAGAGAUCAUAGUUCCUUACAAAUACACAAAAGAAAGCAUACUGGAGAGAAGCCUUUUAACUGUAAGGAAUGUGGGAAAGCCUUCAUUUGUAACAAAACCCUUCAAUUACACUUGAGAGUGCACACUAGAGAGAAACCAUUUAAAUGUGAAGAAUGUGGGAAAGGCUUUAUUGAUCACUCUUCUUUACGAAGGCAUGAAAAGAUUCACUGA